UAGCACCAUUUAUCACGCCAUGCCACGCGACAAAUUCAACAUGCCUAAGGUUAUCAUCUCAGCAUGCGCUACCCAUAGUAGCCGCUGGUAUCCCGAGCCUGGGCAUGAUUUCUCUGGACCCGAUGGCAAUGAAGCAAGUCAAGGCAGUUCAAGCAGGACUUAAGAUGGAAUUCAAAAAUACCAUUGUUAGAGGAUUAAGGAAUUGUAAAGUCUUGGAAUUGAGACGUUUCAGCCACAAAACAGAAAUAGAUCUGAAGUGUUCCGUGACUUUGAUUGGUAAUUAUUCAUUAAAUGGAAAGCUGCUUGUAUUACCCAUUGAGGGCGAAGGGAAAUAUAAAAUUAAAAUACAAGACGUUAUAGUAAAAGUGGUGCUGGAUAUUGAAGAGUUAACGUCUGACGGUGAGCGUUACUGGAAGGUGAAUGGUUUCAAGCAAACUGCUGAUGUCGUGGGCCGGGCUCAAUUCAAUUUCCAGAAUAUGUUUAAUGGGAACCGACAUCUAUCUGAUCCGGUGCACGAGUUUGCUAACACAAAUUGGAAAGACAUAUUUCAAGAGGUGGCGCCUCCGAUAGUAAACACGAUAGUGUCGCAAAUAGUUGAUGAAACUAUUAAAUUCUUCGAUAAAGUACCGAUCCGACAGUUGGUUCUUUAAUUCGAUUAACAU